AUGACUUCAAUUAUAACUGCAAAAAUUCAUGAAUUAAUGACAGAGACUGGUAAUUUAGUUGAUCAAAUAUCAAAUAAAAGUUCACAUUCUUCAAUUAAGCCGCUUAAUGGAGAUAAUUCAAGUGUUAAUGUUUCAAAUGAGAAGGAAACACCAUUGAUGAAUUCUGGUGGAAAAUUUAGCUCAGUUAAUUUAAGUGAAAGCAGUGAAAAUGGUAAAAUAGAAGAAAAUAAUGGCAAAUCAUCUGAAUCAACCGAAGAAGCCAUUGCUUCAUCAAAAAAUGCAACAAGUUCAAUUGAAAAAGCUGUUUUUCAAACUGCAAAUAAUGUUAUUGAUGUUGCAAUUCCAAGCUCAAAACAUAGUGUUUCUGCACAACAAUCAGAAGCUAAAUCAACAGAUCAAUCAGAAGCCAAAUCAGCAGACCAAGUUGAAGUUAAGUUGGUUGAACAAUUGGAAGUUAAAUCAGAAGAAAUUAUUAAAAGUCCAUCAUCAAUCAGUUUUCAAGAAAUAAAAUCAUCACGUAGUUUUUCACCACCUCCAACGUUUUCACCACCACCUUACAAAAGUUUUAGUACUAUCAAGCCAUCAACUAAAAGAAUGAGUACCCUAGUUGCAGGAGAUUUACCAGAGACAUCAAUUGAAAAUGACAUUUCAAGAUCAAAGACUAUUAUGAAUGUUGUUGAAAACAAAUUUAAUCCAAUUAGUAAAACCUUGAACAUGAAACCCACUAUAAGAAAAUUCAAAUUAAUCAACAGUGGACAUUUGACUUGCUAUUCACCGUUAUUAGUGAAUACUACAACUCAAGAUGAAAACAAAACUCCACAAGUCAAUUACUGGAUAUCAUCUGAUUAUGAUCAAUUUUUUGGUAUAAAUAAUUUUCAAAGAGAAAUUGAAUUAACUAAAUCUUUAAGGAAUGAUGAAGAUUCACUAAUAAAUUUAAAUGAUGAAAAAAUUAUUUACAUAUCAACUAAAAUUUUAAAUCCUGAUAAAAUCUUCAAUAUUUUUUUCAAGAACUCAAUCAACAAAAGAGACCUAUACAUUGAUUUAAUUUUGAAUAACAAUGGAUGUAAUAUAUUGUUACAAAUUAUGAGAUAUUUCAAAGAAAAUGAAAUCAAAUUGAACUCGAAAAUUAAUUCAGUUUAUAUAAAAUUUUCAGCAUCUUACGUUAAUCAAAUUAAAGUCAUAUUCAACUUAUUGACCGAGAAUGCUCAAUUUUACCAAAAAAUCAAAUCCUUAGGUUUAUUCAUGGGAUUACAUCAUUACGGUAACGGAUAUGUAUUUGGAUUAACUGAUAAUACAAUGAAAAUAAGAUUACCACCGUCACUUGAAAAAUUAAUAGUUGCAAAUGGAUUGAGUUUAAAUGAUUUUGCUCAUUUACCAAUCACUAUGAAAGAAAUUGGAUUACAUAAUGUUAGUGAUAUUAAUUUUAGUAGAUUCAAUUUAAAUAAGAAUUUAUCAAGUCUUAGCAUUAAUGGUGAUAUAAGAUUAUUUGGAAGAAUUGAUAAUUAUCCAAAAGGAUUUUUAGAAUUAAAAAGUUUAAAAUUUGAUUCAUCAGUUGUUGUUUGUCAUAAUUUUUUCAGGUUUAACAAUUUGACAUCGUUAAGUUUACUGAAUUUAUCAUUUGCAAGAACAAGAGAAUUAUCAUUUCCAUUAAGUUUAAGAAAAUUAGAACUAAUCGAUUGUUUAAUUAGUUCCCAUAUGACUGCAUUUCCAGAUGCUUUAAGAUUAUUAAUAAUUAUAGAUGGUAAAUGGAGAUGUAAAAAAAUUUGUAAUAUGAGUAGACUACAAAGAUUAAAAGUUGAAAACUGUGAUGUUUCAGAUUUAGAUGAUAAAAUUAUAAGUUGUUUAAAUUUGUUGAAACUAGAAGUCAUUAAUUGUUCAAUUAAUGUUGAUAAUAAAUUUAAAUUUCCAUUGACUUUGAAAAUUUUAAAACUAGUUAAUGUUUCAUUACAAGGUAUUAAUAAAUCUGCGUUCCCACCAUUUUUGGAAAUUGUUAAUUUAGAACUGAAUGAUUUGGAGUUUUUAUUACCUAAAUUGAAUCUAAAGAUUUUGAGAAUGGAUUCAAAUAAUUUAGAUGAAGUAAUUGAUGCAGCUGAAUUACCAUUAAAAGAUAUUAUAUUAUCAAAUAAUCCGAGAAUUCAAGACAUCCAAUUACAUAAUCAAACCACUUACUUGAAUGCUUCCAAAACAAAUAUUAAAACAAUUUUAGGUGAUGGAUUAUCGAAAUUGAUAUUAAAUGAAUGUAAAAAUGUAAAUUGGAAAGAAUUUAAAUUUCCAAGACAAAUUACUCAAUUAAGUUUAAAAAAAUGUGAAUUAACUGAAUUUGAAAUUUUUGAAAAAUUACUUAAAUUGAAAAUUUUGGAUUUAUCAAAUAAUAAAUUAAAUAAAUUUAACUUGAACAAUUUUGAAAAUUUACAAGAUAUUGAUUUAUCUUUUAACAAUUUGGAAGAAUUGAGAAGUGAAGAUUUUGCUUAUGGUUCUGUAAAAUCAAUAAAUUGUGAAUCUAACUGUAUUAAAGAAGUUGAGUUAGAUAAAUUAAAAAAUUUAGACUGGUUACAAUUGUCAAAUAACAAGCUUUCAACAUUAGCAGACUUGGAAUUACCAGAUAGUGUUAGAAACUUAAACUUAUCAAAUAAUGAAAUUGAAGAAAUAGAUCAAGAUUACAGAAUUUUCAAAAACCUUCAAUUUCUAAAUUUAAGUAAAUGUAAAAUUUCAAAAUUCAACACAUUAAUAUCAAACAACUUGAUAUCAUUAAAUCUAUCAAGAAAUCAUCUAGGUUAUAAAAAUUUCAUUAUAGAAUUUGAAAAAAUUGGAAAAUCAAAUUUAAAAUUCUUAGAUUUAAGUAAUAAUUAUUUCACUACUUUUAAAUUUGACAUUUUUAAUCACAAAACUAAUGGAAUCGAAUUAAAUGAAAUUAAUUUGGCUAAUAAUAUGUUUGAAGAACUUCCAACUAAGAUUCCUGAUAAUAUCUUGUCUGCUAUUUUGUUUAAAACUUAA